UUUCGCGCAAGGACAGCGUAUCCAAGCAGAUUUCCCGCUGCACCUUUUGUGGUCGCCAUCUUGAAUCGCUGCUGCAAGAAGGAAUCGAGAAGAGACGAUAGCAACGGACGAUUAAGGCACUGCCAGCCGAACGUCGAGGAGCGUAUGUGGAUCCUCUAGUAGAUGAUUAUCUCUCCUACCACCUAAUGCCAUAGUUUAACCCUCACAAGAGCAAACAUUCCAGGAUUCUUUAACACACAUCCAAGAUCUAGCAUUUAUAUACAUGCAGCAUGUCGAAGAUGUCGGUCAUCAUACGCCUGCAAGGGUUACCAUGGACAGCAAGCGCUGGAGACAUACGUCAGUUUUUUGCCGGCCUGAAUAUUCCAGAUGGAGGAGUACAUAUCGUUGGCGGAGAGCAAGGAGACGCCUUCAUUGCAUUUACAUCUGACGAGGACGCUAGGCUAGCCAUGCAACACAACAAUCGGUACCUGCAAGAAUCCCCAGUACACCUGUUUCUGAGCAGUAAAACGGAAAUGCAGCAUGUGAUCUCUGAAGCUCGAGAUGGACACACUGUUAAACCUGUUGCCCCCCCACGUCCGAAUGUGCCAACUCCUGGGGGAAGACCGAACCUUCCAAGACACAUGGAGGACUUUCCAAGGCAAGACAUGGUCGAGAGAGGUCGAGAUAACCAGAGACGUCCACCCAAUAUGCCUCCAUUUGGUCCCCGAGGACCAAGAGAUGAACUGCGAUUCCCAACAGAGAUUGGAGGACGCGGAAUGAGAGGAGAAGCGCGUUCACCACAAGAUAUUCCCCCGGUAAAUUUGAGAGGAAACCGGGAUGAUCCACGGCAUCCUCUGGACCCACCUGUAGGCCCACGUGGCAGUAGAGACAAUGCUCGUCUGUCCCCUAAUGUUUUAUCCUCUGGACCCAGGGGUCAAAGGGACGAUUACAGGCAAAAUUUCACCCCUACUCACCGAGAAUUCAUAGAAGAACCAAGGCAGGGCGGUCCUCCUCCAAGACGACCAACAGACCCUCAUUUCCGAGAUUCCCAAGUUCCCGAUGACAGGAUGGAACCACAGCCGGGACUACCAAUGUAUAGAGAUGGACAUCGACCACAGUCUGAUUUCCCAGGACCCAGCUCAAGACCCUUCAGAGACGAGCACCGACAAGGCCAUGAUAGACAUCGCCCGGGUGAUCAGAGAGAGCUGAGGCAACCCGUGAUUGACAGACAUCCUACUGAUUCGCCAUAUCCCAUACCCGAAGGUCAAAGGGACAGUCAAAGACGCCCCCCUGGUCAACCCAGAUUUGAUCCCAAUGCUCCAGAUCAGCGAUUCGAUCCCAAUCGCCCUAAUCAAAGAUUAGACCCCAAUGCACCUGGUCCAAGAUACGACCCAAAUUUGCCAAGAUUCAGAGAUUUCAGAGAAGAAGGACGCCUGGGGCCACCUAUUCCAGCUGAUGGUGCAAGAGAUCUACGAGGUGAAGGCCCAAGGGAAAUGCAGAGUGAUCCUUCAAGAGAACUGCGCAUUGAAUACCAGGGUGACAGACGUGGACCAGAUGGUCAACUUCCUAGAGGAAUGAGGGAAUCUGACCGACGUAUGACUCAAGGCUCUGGGACCAGAGAGGGAAGAAACCUACCACCACCCGGCGUAAGGCCAGGAAGUGAUCCCUCCGAACUACAUGUCCUAAAUCGCCGUGGCUACAGGGAUGAGGAACAUUUUCAUUCAGACAGAAAUUCAUCUGAACCACCGCCGCAUCUUAGCAGUUUGCGAGGUGGUCAGAGACCACCACUGGAUGCACCAGAACAAGUUCCACAUGAUUACAGAGAUCAGGACAGACGUGGCAAUCCGCCUCCACGGCUGUUUGGUGAAGACGGAAGACCUCUUCCAGAUAGACGUCGUCCUGAUAUGCAGGGGCCUGGACAAAGACCUCAAGCUCCACGUGAUAGAGUACCUCCUGGGCGCACGAGUCAGGCUGGAGGUUUUCCUCAAGAUCAUGAUGCCAGAAUUCCACAUCGUUAUGACGAACGUCCAGAGCGGCAGUUUGCGGAGUAUGCUGAGUCAUACGCUGAGAAAGACAGGCAGUUUGACGAUGGACAGCCUUACAAUGAUGUAUAUGGAGUAGACCAAGGCAGGCCGCUUCUCGACUGGGAUGGCAGACCGCCUGUCAAUAGUUCUUUGUCUCCACAAGUAGGUUCUCUUUCAGACCGUUCUCGGGAUCGACCAAGAGAUCAGAGUGGACAAAGGCCAUAUGAACAAACGGAUAGUAGUCGUUUUCCUCCCAGACCAAGUGGUAGAACUUUGCUUCCCGAUCCUGAUGUUCCUCGUAUGGGCCCUGUUGUAUUUGAAGAACGCCAAGAUGAUCACUUCCAUAGCAGUAUGGAAUCGAGGGAUGGAUAUGACGCACGCCACGGAGAAGGCCAUUUUGAUGCUGGGUAUGAAGAUGCAUAUCCUGGGCAAGCAGAAAUGACUGACCAUCACAGAAAUCAUCGUGAGCCCUAUCCUCCGAGGGGCAGACCUCCAGGGCCACCACCAGGCCGCCACAUGCCACCACGUCCAGCAAAGUCACCGAUAAAUCCUCAGGAAAUGUUUGUGCAAGUGACAAAUCUACCGCUCAGUGUGACAUACAGCAGUCUCCGAAGAUUUUUCGAACGGUCCAUGAUUCCUCGAGAUGGUGUCAAAUUGUUGAAUGAUAAUCAGGGUAAUAGGAUUGGUUCAGGAUAUCUCAAGUUUGUGAAUUCAAUAGGCCUGGAGAAUGCUUUAAUAAUGAAUGGGAAAUUUAUGGAAGGCCGCCCAGUUGGUGUAACGCGGUGUUCGCAAGAGGAAUUUGACGGUGCUACUGAUUCAUACACGCCUCUGAGUAGGGCUUUGUCACCUAAACGCCAGUUUUCUGACCGAGGUUACCCCGACGGUGAGGUUCCGUCUCCAAAGCGCAAGCGUUCGGAAUCUCCAAGCGGAAGGAGAUCUGGACAAUCGAGAAAAAGCCGUAAUAUUGCCCUUAUGCGAGAUGUUCCUUACCGCGCCACUCCUCAAGAUUUAAAGCUCUUCUUCAAUCAGCUUGAAAUUGUGGAGAACGGAAUCUUGUUCGACAGAGACAGCUCUGGAAAACCGAAUGGGAUUGCCUUUGUAGAAUUCAAGAACUCAAAGGACUUCAACUUAGCUCUUCAACGCAAUCACAGUAGGUUCAUGAACCGAUCAGUUAUUAUCUCUGUUGGGGAUGUGAAGGAUUACGAGCGAGCUUUGGACAAGAAAAGACGCUCUGGUGGAAGUAACGGCACAAGGAUGGUUAAUGCAGAAAGUGGAGAAAAUAAAACUUCAAAAACUGAAAAAUCCACUGACAAAGAAGAAGCUACUACCCCUAAAAAAGAGUCUCCACAAAAGACAGUUACUACCUCUUCUGUCAACAUUUCGUGCUUCUGUGUUCGACUUAAAGGCUUGCCUCCAACAGUAACCAAGAAAAAUGUUGAGGACUUCUUUAAGGGAUUGGAUAUUGCCCCGAAGGGCUACUUUCCUGUAUCAAGGAAAGAUGGCUCCUGUACAGGUGAUGCGUUCGUUGAGUUUGUUUCCCCCAAAGAGUGUCAGAAAGCAUGUGCUAAAGAUCAGGAGUUAAUGGGAAAUCGGACAAUAUCGGUUCAACCAGUUUCCAAAGCAGCCAUGACAAAGGAUCUCCAGGAGUUGCGGAAAAAGGCGGCGGAAGAAAGUCCGGUGCCAGUUCAACCUCAAAGGCCACCGCCCCUAUACUUCAUGCUAGGUGCUCAGAAUUUGCCAUUUUCCGUGUCAAUCGGCGAGAUUCUGAAUUUCUUCCGGGGCUAUAAUCCAGUGCCGGAGUCCAUUCGGCUUCACUACACAAACGAAGGGCGACCAACGGGGGAUGCUGUGAUCGGCUUUAUGACCGAAUCUGAGUGUCACAGAGCACUGCGUGACUUGAACGCAAGAAUGCUUGGAAGAAGAAACAUUAGGUUAUAUUUAGCCUAAUCUAUUGUGGACGCAAGUAAUUUAAGUGUAAAAAUUAUGCAACGUGGCUUAUCCUUCAUUUCUGUUGAUUUUCUGGACAGUGUGGGACAUGUAAAAGUUUUAAGACAUUGACAAAAAAGCAUUUUUAUCAGAAAAAAGUGACGGUUUCAAACAUGUACUGUUUUGAAACUGUUUACACAGUUCUCAGUAUUUGUGUGUGGCAUUUUAGUUUGCCUGUGUUUAUAAUUAAUUGUUAUAUGCUUGUUAUCUACAACUUGUAGACGUUCAAAGACAAUUGAAAUGUGCUAAAUUCCAUGCAGAAAUGCACUACUUUACUAAACAAUGUUUUACCAAUCUGCUUUGGCGCAAAUGCCAGUCAUGUUAUGUAUGACUUUAAAUACCUUGUAAAUAAUGCUGCAAGUGGUUUUAGUGUUUCUAAUUGUGGAAGGUAUAGUUUACAUUUUCAUAUUGUUAUAACACGUGGUAUAAACACAAGUUUAUGUCACCAGUCUAUUAAUGAUGUAUAGCUGUGUCUUUUCCCAUGUGAACGUUAAGUGAAAUCAAAUACAAUUCAUUGUUCAGUACAGA